AUGAAUCACUUACUGUCGUCGUGUUUAGUACUGCCGCUUCUGGUGCUAUCCGCUUCGGAGCCCCAGAACGCAACGCAUCUAAAUGGCGGUGCAGCAGGUGUAGAACAGGGACGUAUUUUGUUUCGUGGCAAACCGCUCCUGAUCUAUCCACCGACGGCUCCAACGCGACAUCAGCUUAUCGUGGGUAUCGGUGUGCCGGUGCAAGAAAUUCCCCAUUCGGUCGUGUUUGGCUGGGUAUUGAAGGCACAGUACUAUCUGCCAACCGAAGUGGGAAACUAUGAACCAGUCAAUUUGGAGAACUGGAACGAGAGUCGUCGUGCAUUUCCGGAUCGAAUGCGCCGUUCGAUCGAACGCUACGAGGUGGAUGAUGUGCACAUUCGCGUUGAACCACUUCCACAGCGCCAUGUGUCAGGCAACGUGGUAGAGGACGAAGAUGAGUAUUACGAUGAUGGCCUAGAUGAAGAGCCUGGUUCACAAAAAGAAGAGGAACCGGCGGAAAAGGAUGCACCUAAGACAGGUGAGCAAGACAGUACGAAUGGCGUGCCGGAAGAUUACAACGUGCCCAACGGUCGGUGGAUGGUGUAUAAGGCUAUAGAAGGGCUUAGUAACGGAUACGGAUUCGGCGGAAGAGCUUGCAUGCUGCGAAGCAUUUGUGAGGCCGCUGAAACACAGUUUACGCACACGGGAGGAGUAUUUGCCGAGCUGUUGCACAUCAUGCUCAGGUGA